AUGGGCUCCCGCACUGGCCGCCGGAUAUUGAUCAUCAAUGGUCCGAAUCUCAAUCUACUAGGCACAAGAGAGCCUCACCUAUACGGGAAAACCACGCUCAAAGAGGUCGAGGCUGCCGCACAAGCAAAAGCCGCUGAGCUUGGUUCCACGCUCCAAACAUUUCAAUCCAACUCCGAAGGUGCCAUCGUUGAUCGAAUUCAAGAAGCUCUCGGAAAUAUCGAUGUCAUUAUUAUCAACCCAGCGGCAUACACGCACACAGGUGUUGCAAUUCGCGAUGCCUUACUUGGCGUGAAUAUACCGUUUAUCGAACUGCAUGUAGUCAAUGUCCAUGCGAGGGAACAUUUUAGGCACCAUAGCUAUUUUCACGAUAAGGCCAAGGCAGUCAUUUGCGGGCUAGGAGCUUUUGGCUAUAUUUCUGCACUUACAUAUGCCGCAAGCGAGUUACAGCUCGAUUGA